AUGGCGGACUCGAAGCUCCUCAUCCUUGAGAUGCACCCUCGAGAGUUCUACAGCCUGGACCAAAGAGACAUCGAGUGGGAGUUGACUCACCGAUACUCAAGGGACAUUGAAGACAAGAAGCCUCUGGAACUUUACACCAAGUGGCUUGCAAAGCAGAUUCCUUUUCUGGGUCUUACGGGUCACACAGCCUCUUCCAGGGUCAUUCGAGAUGCUUGCGACUACCUAAGCACUAGGAAGUACGAAAAGCAUCUCGUGCUCAACGCCUUUAAUCAGCACAAGGAAGACUACCUCAGAGACCGACCCAAAGAUACUCGGACCUUCAACCUUGCCAGACGAGAGAUCGAGAUUAACUACAAAUUACGUAGUGUGCACCGCAAGGUGAAGAACUCAUCUGCCCCAAAGGAGGCAGUCUUGGCAACGUGCCUGCCAGAUUUGUCCCAACCUGCUAGGCUUUCCAACCAAGCAAACGAGCCGAUCCCGGGGAUCCGGGAUUCAGGAAAUAUACACUCUGACCCUGAAGAUUCCCAUCUCAGUCGUCGACAGAAGCUCCUUGCCCAAUUGGACAAGCUCAAGUCCGGAACACCACCGCCCGAGACUUCGUCUUCAAACGAGCAGACACCUCGUGCUGGUUACAAACCUUUCGUCCCAAAGAACUACGUCUGCCGCACCUGUGGAGAGCAUAGAGAUCACCUUGUCCAGGACUGUCCUCGGAAGCAAGCUACCACUUCCACCGAUUCACUCCGACAACGGCCUCAAAACCCGCCGAUGUCGAGCGAAGACCUGAGACAGAGCUCAUCGAGAAAGCACAGUCACUCCAGAUCUACCAGCAAAAGUUCGAGUGCCAGUGGCCCCUAUAUGAAUGAGGAGCGAGCCCGACUUUUGCAAACCAGGCCUAGCAGACACCAAGACGAAUCACCCGACUUCCAAGAGUCUGCUGUAGGCCCUUCUCGGUCUGGAAGCAACUCUAAACCAGUCGGACAUCGCUCUCGUUCCGGAUCCAGUCGCCUUAUCGACUCCCACCUUGCGGAUGAUAGUUACCAUCCAGAAAGACCCCGCCAACGCGUCGACACAUACCGCCCCAACGACCCUCGCCAAUCUAUCGACACGUACCGUCCUGAUACUUCCCGCCGUCUUGACGAUAGAUACCGCCCUAGUGAGAACCGUCAUCUCCAUCUUGCCUAUCGCCCUAAGGAAUCGGAGAGGAUCGGUCAUUCGGAUCUCAAGAAAUCCGCAGAGGAGAUUCCAGCUAGGAACGUGGGCGAAAAAGAGGCGAAGCUGUCAUCCCGCCUGAACAAACGGCGCACUGACGACGGUAGACUCUCUCCCUGGGACGACAUCGAAAGACCAGCGAAGAGACAGCGACCGGCGAAGAGACAGCGGCACGAAGACCCUUUUGCUAGUGGCCUGCCCUGGGACGACGUCGAUAUAUCUCCCAAAGAGAAACAGCAAGUUGCUCCCGUGGACCAGAUUACGCAAAACCUUGGACCUGGCAAGAAAGACUUGGGCGUCGACAUAAAGGCGAAGCAAGCUGGCGCAUCCGAGGAUAUUCCCAUGGAGACAGGCGGAGCUAUGGACUCAGCCGAAGCUAUGGAGCGCAAGAAAGUGACCGAUACACAGUGGAAGCAAGCUGGCAUUGAGGCGGAUGACCUCCUUGCGGCGUUGGAGAAAGAUCUGUUCUUCCAAGCGAAGCCAGAUGCUGUCGAGGCCAUGGUCGGCACUCAGCCGAACGGUGCAAGUAUGAUCAUGCCGUCUUCUUCCCCGCCGCCUGUGACUUCCUACCGAAGCAUCAUACCCGAUGUCCCCGAUUGGGAUGAUUACGACAAUGGCAACGAUGGCGACGACGAUGUUUACAUGGAAGACGCCCCUGAGGGAAUGGACCAAGCUCCAAGCAGCCCCAUUGAGGUGGACCAUUACUCUAUUCACACGAAGGAGGCAAUUGUCCCCUUGCAAACCCCGAAGCCUCUUCAGAGAGUCCCUCCAUACGAUCCUGCCGUCUUGGCCCUGUUCCGAGGCAGAGAGCACGAUAACGUUUACCUAAACAUUGCUCGCCGACGCACCGCUGUUGAGAUGUAUGAGGCUGAGGAGAAGGAGGCGGAGGAACCCCCUACCACUCCGAAGGUGAACGAGUAG